CAGUCCACUCUGUCAGUUUGCUGUGUAUAUCAUGAAUUCUCACCGCCGUAAUUCGCCUACCUUCGCUACUGCUCACUGAUUAUCACGUCGCAAUUUUGUCAACACUGAAAAAGGAAAAAAUAUGGCCCAGGCAGCGCAGAUUAACGUCCUCGAGCUCAACACUCCGAUCAGAGUGGAACACGACCGAAAACGACGACAGUUCACAGUUAGGCUAAACGGCUCCCACGACCGUGCUGUUCUGCUGUACGAAUAUGUAGGGAAGAGAACUGUGGACCUGCAGCACACAGAGGUGCCUGAUGCCUACAGAGGGAGAGGCAUUGCUAAGCACUUGGCAAAGGCUGCCAUGGAUUUUGUGGUGGAAGAGGACCUUAAGGCCCACCUUACUUGCUGGUAUAUCCAGAAAUACGUCAAGGAGAACCCUCAACCUCAGUAUCUGGAGCGUGUCCUUCACUGAUCCCAUGAAAGAGGAAGCAGAAAAGAGAGAAUAGCCUGUUUCUUGGGCCUAAGGACAUGGAGGUCUGGGUGGGAUUUGGGGUGGGUUGGGAGGUUGCUAGUGUGGGGCGGGAUGGUGGGAGGGGUAUCUUUUGAAAAGGGGACAACUGCACUCAUGCAUAGGACAUCCCCAGACCUUAUCUUUGUCUCUGUCUGAGCUACUUGAACACUGGAGAGAGCCAAGAUUAAGGGUGUUUUUCUGCCUUAUAUUCAUCUGUUAUCAUUGUUCACCAGCAACAUUCAAAGGACGGGAGGAAAGCGGUAUGUAUGCCUGCAAGAUAUCCUCUCCAGAACUUGCAGAGAGCAGAAGAGACUCUUAUUCUUUUUGUAAGGGCUAAAUGACUCAACUCCAGAAUGCUGAUGUCUCCUCCACUGAGCAGUGGGAUGGGAUGGGAGCCUGCACUGAUGUUGUGGUGGUAGGACCUCACAAACAUAACAAGCAGGUUGGUAAUACCCCAGAUCAAGCUGCAACAGAAUCAGUGGUCUACGUAUUGCUCCAAAGUUGGGUGGGCUGUCUCUUUUUUUGUGAUC